UCAGGAGUAGUUUCACAAGAGGAGCAAAAUAGCUUCCAAACUUACAUUGUUUUUCUUGAAAAGCCUGUCUCCUCGAAAUUUACAGUAGAAUCAGAUUUAGACAGUUGGUAUCAGUCAUUUUUGCCUGAAACUACUGCAAACGCAAACCAGCAGAGGAUCGUUCAUGUGUACCGCAAUGUGGUCACUGGAUUUGCAGCAAAACUGACAAAGGAGGAAGUGAAAGCAAUGGAAAACAAAGAAGGUUUUUUGAAGGCUCAUCCUGAGAUAACUGUACCAUUGCUAACUACUCAUAGUCCUGAUUUCUUGGGUUUACACCAAGGAUACGGACUAUGGAAACAAGCAAACUACGGUGAAGGUGUGAUCAUAGGACUUAUGGAUACAGGGAUUGGACCCGACCAUCCUUCGUUCAGUGAUGAAGGAGUACCCCUUCCUCCGGCUAAAUGGAAAGGCAAGUGCGAGUUCAAUGGCACAGUGUGCAACAACAAGCUCAUUGGUGCACAAAAUUUUGUUGGUGCAGAAGAAGGGAAUAUUACCGGAACACCAUUUGAUGAACAUGGUCAUGGGACCCACACAUCUAGCACCGCUGCUGGAAAUUUUGUCCAAGAUGCCAGCGUGUUUGGAGACGCGAAUGGCACGGCUGUUGGCAUGGCACCUUAUGCUCAUUUGGCAAUGUACAAAGUCUGUUAUGGGAUUAGUUGUAGGUCUGGUGACAUCUUAGCUGGCCUCGAUGCUGCUGUUGAAGAUAGCGUGGACGUGAUUUCUAUCUCACUUGGAGGCCCUUCACUUCCAUUCUACGACAAUGUGAUUGCAAUCGGUGCAUUCGCAGCAAUGAAAAAAGGAAUAUUCGUCAGCUGUGGAGCUGGAAAUUCCGGUGUCCAUAAAUCUUUGGCAAAUGAGGCCCCAUGGUUUCUUACAGUUGGAGCAAGUACUACUGACAGAAUACUAAAAUCACAAAAUGAGAAGCUCAGCUCCUAUGGCGCUGUAAUUGGAGAUGCUCUUGCUCCCAGGGUCGCUGUCUUUUCAUCAAGAGGACCAAGCCGCGCAAGCCCUGGAAUUUUGAAACCCGACAUCAUUGGACCCGGCGUUAAAAUUCUUGCUGCUUGGCCUUUAUCAGUGGACAAUGCAACACUUCCUAAUCCUAAGGCAACAUUUAACAUAAUUUCAGGUACCUCGAUGUCAACUCCUCACCUGAGUGGCAUUGCAGCUUUGCUCAAGAGAUCACACCCCGACUGGUCACCAGCAGCUAUUAAAUCUGCCAUCAUGACAACUGCUAAUGUACUAAACCUCGCAGGAACACCCAUCAUUGACCAAGGGCUUAAACCCGCAGACGUCUUUGCAAUUGGUGGAGGCCAUGUCAACCCUACAAAGGCAAAUGACCCAGGGCUUGUCUUCGACAUAAAACCAGAAGAUUAUUUUCCUUACUUGUGCGGUUUGAACUACAAUGAGACAAUGAUAAAGAUUAUCACGCAGCAAAUAGUGAAAUGCUCAGAAGUCGGAGUCAUACAAGAAGCACAGCUCAAUUACCCUUCAUUUUCUAUUAAAGCAGGCCCUAAUCAGACAGAGUCUCAGUACUAUACCAGGACAGCAAAGAACGUUGGCCCAGCUACUUCAACAUACAACUUGGAUCUUUUAGUACCACAUCAAAUGGGGAUAAGUGUGAACCCUCAGGUGCUUACAUUCACAAAGGUUAACCAGGAGAUUACAUACCAUGUCGAAUUUAUCGCAAAAGAAGGAGCUGGUAAGGAUGGUGUACCAUAUGGUCAGGGAUACUUGAGAUGGUUUUCUGAUAAACAUAAUGUUACUACCCCUAUAGCUGUCAUUUUUGACACUCCGCAAGAUUAA